AAACAGAAGGUUAAAGACAACCCGGUUUUAUCUGAUCCGGUACAUUCAACCCGGUUCUUCAAGCAUUCUCGAAUCUAAAGAUUUCAGGUUUCUCAUUGCUUCGUUCUUCGUAUCGAUGUGUCUGGGUUUUCUUUUCUGUAGAUUUAGUGCCACCUUGUUGGCGAAUUGGGUCGACAAUUUCGAUAACUCGCUAGAAUUGGAAGGUUUCAAGUUUUCACUUUCAAGAGGUGUAAUGAGCAGACAUUGGUGCUUGUGGAAGCCGAACAAACGAAUCAGCACAAAACCGAAGACGUGACUCCAAUUUUUUUUUUUUUAAAUCAGAGCUUUCAAAUUCUUAACUUGAGUCAUGCGGGGAUUGAUUCAGACACGUCUUCUCGAGACAGGUACUCUAAGAACUGCUUUAUUCUUGUCUUGCUAUGGACGAGUCUUUUCUAGUGUCAGUGAUGGGAAAGGGAAAGUCUCCUAUAGAGAGAGAUUGAGAAGUGGGAUUGUUGAUAUCAAGGAAGAUGAUGCUGUUGAUCUGUUUCAAGAAAUGACUAGGUCUCGUCCUCGUCCUCGUCUUAUUGAUUUCAGUAGAUUGUUUAGUGUUGUUGCCAGAACAAAGCAAUAUGAUCUAGUGUUAGAUCUCUGCAAGCAAAUGGAAUUAAAGGGAAUUGCGCAUAACCUCUACACUCUGAGUAUUAUGAUUAAUUGCUGUUGUCGAUGUCGUAAACUCUCUUUGGCUUUUUCUGCUAUGGGGAAGAUCAUUAAACUUGGGUAUGAGCCUGAUACAGUCACAUUUUCAACUUUGAUAAACGGAUUAUGUCUCGAGGGUAGAGUUUCCGAAGCUCUGGAAUUAGUUGAUCGAAUGGUUGAAAUGGGACAUAAACCCACUCUCAUAACGCUUAACGCUCUGGUCAAUGGACUUUGUCUCAACGGUAAAGUCUCUGAUGCUGUGCUUUUGAUUGAUCGAAUGGUUGAGACUGGCUUUCAACCCAAUGAAGUAACUUAUGGACCGGUUUUAAAAGUAAUGUGUAAGUCCGGCCAAACUGCCCUUGCCAUGGAGUUGCUCAGAAAGAUGGAAGAAAGAAAGAUCAAGCUCGAUGCAGUCAAAUACAGUAUCAUCAUUGAUGGUCUGUGCAAAGACGGGAGCCUCGACAAUGCAUUCAACCUUUUCAAUGAAAUGGAAAUCAAAGGGUUCAAAGCUGAUAUUAUUAUCUACACCACUCUCAUUAGAGGCUUUUGUUACGCUGGUAGAUGGGAUGAUGGUGCCAAGUUGCUGAGGGAUAUGAUCAAAAGGAAAAUCACACCAGACGUGGUCGCUUUCAGCGCGUUAAUAGAUUGUUUUGUGAAAGAGGGAAAGCUUCGAGAGGCUGAAGAACUGCACAAGGAGAUGAUACAACGAGGCAUAUCUCCUGAUACUGUUACGUACACUUCUUUGAUAGAUGGGUUUUGCAAGGAGAACCAGCUAGAUAAGGCCAACCACAUGCUGGAUCUGAUGGUUAGCAAAGGAUGCGGUCCUAAUAUCAGGACGUUUAAUAUCCUCAUAAAUGGAUAUUGUAAGGCUAAUCUGAUUGACGAUGGUUUGGAACUCUUCCGCAAAAUGUCUUUGAGAGGAGUGGUUGCAGAUACGGUUACUUAUAACACUCUUAUCCAAGGAUUUUGUGAAUUGGGAAAACUUGAAGUUGCCAAAGAACUCUUCCAAGAGAUGGUUUCUCGUCGUGUUCGUCCUGAUAUUGUGUCCUACAAAAUUUUGCUCGAUGGGUUGUGUGACAAUGGGGAACCAGAAAAAGCGCUGGAAAUAUUUGAAAAAAUAGAGAAGAGUAAGAUGGAGCUUGAUAUUGGUAUCUAUAACAUCAUCAUUCAUGGGAUGUGCAAUGCUAGUAAGGUGGAUGAUGCUUGGGAUUUAUUCUGUAGCCUCCCUCUCAAAGGAGUGAAGCCCGAUGUCAAAACAUACAAUAUAAUGAUUGGGGGACUGUGUAAGAAAGGCUCACUGUCUGAAGCAGACCUGUUGUUUAGAAAAAUGGAAGAGGAUGGGCAUUCGCCAAAUGGUUGUACAUACAACAUACUCAUCAGGGCACAUCUUGGAGAAGGUGAUGCAACCAAAUCAGCUAAACUUAUUGAAGAAAUAAAGAGGUGCGGGUUCUCAGUUGAUGCUUCCACGGUAAAGAUGGUUGUCGAUAUGUUAUCGGAUGGUAGAUUGAAGAAAAGCUUUUUGGAUAUGCUUUCUUAGAAUUUUGGUGUUUACAUCAUAUUACCGUCUCAGAGCAUUGAAAGACUAAGUUGGAGUUUCAUAUGUGACAACAUUGAUGUACACAACAUUUUUCUUAAGCAGAUCGACCACCAAGAUUUAUAACCAUUCUCCGGGCAUGAAAGCAAGCUCAUAAUUUCCUUAUCACUCUGUUCAUCUGUCUACAUUGCUUUUCAGAUUGUACUUGCUAAAUUCUGCACAAAUAUGUAUAGGUAAAUGAUAUAAUUUGUAGCUUAAACACACCAUCGCUAUCAAAAAACAAAAUUAGAAGAAAAAAAUAUAAUCGGAACCGAGAAUGAUCAUGUGAUCCGUC